UACAAAGGGUUGCCUAUGCUAUGCGUAUUGGGCAGUAAAGCUGCAUGCGCAAAGUCUUGCUGAACCUGAACCAGCCUUUGUAGUUUUGAUUUAUUUUCUUCACGCGAACUCUGUUUUUGACUUGCCUUUGUUACCUCUGCCCUGUUAUCUUCAGCCGCAGUCCAAAAAUCAGCGAGCAAGACAGACUGAGUACAAAGGGGAAAGAGAGAAGGAUUUAACUCCGCCUCCGACUCGACCAUCUCGCAUUCUUCAUACUCUCCUUUUCACAUUACAGACGGCUAGAGAAAAAGAGAGACGAACAGGGCACGCGAGAAGGGGAGUAGGAUGAACAUGGCAAUACCCAGAACGUCUGAGCGCUUUCAAUCCGAUCACAACACGCGUCUGACAUCGAUUUGGGCAUGGAUCACUCGCGGCAGAGACAGAGUCCAGAUGACUGACGUUACACCUGGGCUUUGGACAAAAUGAGGGUCAUCUACAUUCAGAACGCCGGCUUCGUCGCUGCUUUCUCGGGAGGCAAUGACGGUUGAGGUUUUUAGCUGUGACUUUGGUAUAUUGGCUGUAUUUUACGGUACAUUAUUAUAGGCUAUGCAACGCCCUUAUUAACAAAGGCAAACUGGACGAUCAUGCCAGUUUACGCAAAACGAAAGAGAAAGAUAGCUCGAUAUGAUAUGAAUUGAGAAUUUAGUGUAUUGUUUCGAAUGACGAUAGUGAGAGGUGCAGUGAAGUAGCAUAGGCUACCUACCUGAGAGGGCUUUCUGCAACACCGAGCGGCCAGAUGGUGCCACUGGCAACAUAAAGUCGCAUUCUUGAUUUUUGCCAUUGCUAGCUCCUUACAAUUAGACACAUAAUAUGCCAUGUAAAGUAUAUUUCACCCGUCCGUUUAUAGCCAACUCAUAAAAAUCAGUUCAUUUUAUAAUGUUAUAUAUUCUAUUCCAUUCAUUAAUUAUUCGAGCCAUUUUAAUGUAAUAGCCGGCUAUGUAGACUAGACUCCUUGUCUAAUAGAUAUAACAAAUGCGAGUGAUCCAUAGACAAUCUUAGAUUUAGAUGUUAAUUAUAAUUAACCAUUUCCUCGGUUAUUUAUUUAUUUAUUAAGACUAUUACUAGACAUCUUAGUAUUAUAUGAUCGAUAUUUUCCUAUUAGAAAACAUAACGCUGGGAAAGAAUUAUUAUUAGCUUUCCUGAAAAUGGAGUCAGGUUGUGCAUCUCCACCUCGAAGCGUCUCCCGUGUUGAGUCUGACUCAGUGCGCGUCUCAAUGGGGAAGACCGGAUGGGGGGAGUCGCCUGCAACAUCACCGGCCGACCACCCAGUGCCUGAAACACCCACGGCCGGGGACGGCAGGAGAGGUUCGGGCGUUAAGAAACAUCAUCACAAACACAACCUGAAACAUCGAUACGAGUUGCUGGAGACGCUGGGAAGAGGGACCUACGGCAAAGUGAAAAAGGCCAUUGAGCGACACUCCGGUCGAGAGGUGGCCAUCAAGUCCAUCAGGAAGGAGAAGAUCAAAGAUGAGCAGGACAUGGUGCACAUACGCCGUGAGAUUGAGAUCAUGUCGUCCCUUCGUCACCCACACAUCAUCUCCAUCUAUGAAGUGUUUGAGAACAAGGACAAGAUUGUGAUAGUGAUGGAGUACGCCAGCAAAGGCGAGCUGUACGACUACAUCAGUGAGCGGCGCCGGCUGAGCGAGCGAGAGACGCGACACUUCUUUCGUCAAAUCGUCUCUGCGGUACACUACUGCCACAAGAAUGGAGUGGUGCAUCGGGACCUGAAACUGGAAAACGUGCUACUAGAUGAAAACUGUAACAUUAAAAUUGCCGAUUUUGGCCUUUCCAAUUUGUACCACAAGGACAAGCUCCUGCAGACAUUCUGUGGGAGUCCACUGUACGCUUCGCCUGAGAUCGUCAAUGGGAGGCCCUACCGCGGCCCUGAGGUGGAUAGCUGGGCGCUGGGUGUACUCCUGUACACGCUGGUCUAUGGCACCAUGCCGUUCGAUGGAGGAGACCACAAAAACUUAAUUCGCCAAAUCAGUAAUGGAGAAUACAGGGAGCCUACUCAGUCUUCAGACGCCCGUGGUCUGAUCCGCUGGAUGCUGAUGGUGAACCCGGAGCGGCGGGCCACGGUGGAGGACAUCGCCAACCACUGGUGGGUCAACUGGGGCUGGAAGAACAGCGUGUGCGACUGCGAGGCCCAGCGCGGCGACAACAACAACAACAUGGGCUCUCCCAUGCUGGCCCGCUUCCUGGACUGGCAGAACCGCGCCGCCGCCGAGCCCAACACCGGCGCCACGCGGCCCGCCAAAGCCACGCGGCCCGACCCGCUCCUCCUGCAGCUGGUGCGGCAGCGGCCCAAGAAGUCCAAGAAGGAGAACGACGGCGGAGCACCCCACGGUGACGGGGAGGAGGAUAACAACCCGGAGCUGAAGCGGCCCAAGGGCAUCCUGAAGACCAGGCCCUCGGACCAGCAGCGCUCCCCUAGCCUCGAGGACAUCGACCUGAGUCCUGCUGCAGAAGUCCCCAAGGGUGCCGGCGGAGGCGGCGCGGGGGACUUCACCACAACCACCGGUGCUAAAGAAGAAGAAGACGUCGAAGAGGGCCCUGCGCUCAUGGGCACCUCGCCCACCACCAAAGCAGCGGUGCCCAGCCUCCCCAAGAAGGGCAUCCUGAAAAACAACCAACAACGGGAAUCAGGGUACUACUCCUCGCCCGAGCGCAGCGAGUCCUCCGAGCUCCUAGGGGGCAGCAGCAUCACGCCCCUGGUGGCCAGCUCGCCGCCCAAGAGGGCCGUGGGCCGCAAGGGCAUCCUCAAGCGCAACGGCAAGUAUUCCAGCUACAGCGUGGCGGCGCCGUCGUCCAUGAGCGCAUCCAUGGGGGAGACGUCGGUGUCCGGCGCAGACGUGGCGGGCCUUUCGCGCAGCCAGAGUCGGCCGUCCAGUAUCGUGGGCGAAGACAGCAGCAUGGUGGUGGCGGCGCUGACCAACAGCUCCUUCAGCGGGGCCGAGUGGCCGCCCACCGCGCCACACCACAGGCCCAACAUCCGAGGCUGCGUGUCCGCCGAAAACCUGCUGCAGCUGGCCAACUUCAAGGGCCUGCAGGCCGCGCCGCCCCUCCCCGGGGGGCCCAAGUUUGGCCGCGGAGGGGGGUCCUCCUCACGCGGCUCUCCCGGGGACAACAGCAGCUUCUCCCUGCUGGGUGACUUGGACGACAUGACUCAGGUAUACCAGCAAGCCCUAGACAUCAGCAGCAACCUGACCUAGGGGAGUGAGAUCGGAGGAGAAAGAAAGAGAAGGAAAGUGGACAGAGACAGAGACAGUGGGAUGGACAGAGGGAGGAAGGAUGGAUGGGUGAGUGGUGGUGGUGGUGGUGGUGGUGAUGGUGAUGGUGGUGCCGCUCACCUUUAUGUUGGAAGGUGUGUGAAUGGUCUGUGCCGUGUUUUAUAAUGACGACCAGUGUGGUGCUGGGAUAUGCUGAAUGGAAUGAAAAACAGCAGCCACUUGGAGGUUCAAUCAUGCAGGAAGCUGUACUCACACACAUGUCAUGCACACACUGUUAAGUCUGUAAAGAUGAACGAGGAGUGGAGGAGGUUUACUCUAUGAGAUGUAGUACAGUGAGAGCGGCUCACCUUGGUCAGUCUCCCUCGCUUUGCGUGCUGCAGCCAAAUGUUUACAUUGUUCGUAUUUCAAAGAAGAAGAAGAAAAAAACAAAGAAACAAAAAAAAAAUCAAAAACUGAAAAAAAAAUUCAAACAAGAGGUAGAAUCACAGGACACCAUGCAGUGACAGGCUCUCAGAAACAGAAGGGGUUAAAAACCUCUCACUGAACAAAGGGAGUCAAACUGAGUUUACAAAGGCACCUUAACAACUCACCCAGAGCACAUGCUUUGUGAUCUUUGCUUCCUGUUAAAGAGUUUAAAAAAAGAGAGAUUUAAAAAACCAGGGUCUUGCUCCAAAAAAGAACUAUCAUUGUUGAUUAUUUAUUAAUAUUUAGCGUAGAUGUAGUGAAACUGGUGUGGUCUGGCUGUACUGGAAGAGUGGAAAAAAGCUCAAUAUCUCCAAUCCCUUUUGUACGGAAAUUGACAUAUAUAAUUAUCGUGUUAUUCAAAAUAAUUGACCUAGUGUACUACGAUAUAACUCGAAGUUUGCAUAUGUAAAACAAAAAAGGGUCACAUGAUAUAUCAUAACACGUAUAUGUCCUAUAUAUAUAUAUAUAUAUGAAUAUAUACAUGGUAUGUAAGGGUAUAUGUAGGAAGUGCCUUCUUCGUUAUCGAUUCAUACGAUGUUGUGUAUGUCAUUUCCUGAAAGUGGAGAGGGAGAUGCCAGGUUUGGCCAUCACCAGAUGUGCUCUUAAGAGUCAUGCUGAAUGUGGAAUAGACCCAGGACCUCAUGCACCCGAGAAAGCCUCUAUUAGGGGUGACAAAGCUUUCAGUGCCAAACAGGAUCAGUGUGUAAACACACACACACACACACACACACACACACACACACACACACACACACACACACACACACACACACACACACACACACGCAUGCACGCGCGUGCGCUUACUCACUUACGUACACAUCUGCAACCUCUGUCUGUACUACACAAGCCAUGUUUUCCUCACCUCUCAAGUUUCAGUCACGUGCUGUUCUAAGGUUUUCAUUCACACAGAUUCUUUUAGACAUAGCUCACAGGCCACAUGGACCUGAAGAGAAUCUCUCUCUCUCUCUCUCUCUCUCUCUGGUGCCUUAUUUGUUUUCCCUGGGAUUCUCAUGCUGGGCGGUCUCUUGAUUUGCCUGAAUUGCUGGUUAAACACUCUGGACACACUCACCUUAGCGGACGUUUACAGAGGUAGAAGUCUCAGACGCACUCUCAGUUCCCAGGAAUGUUCUUUAAAGGAGGGGGACCAUAAUUUGCUUUUCUACUCUGUUUUGUCUGGAAGGACCCUGAAGGGGAGCACCUUCUGGUUUAAAUUCUCCCCCCCCCCCUGCUUUUGUCUUCUGAAGGCGCACCAUUUCCGUACCGAUUGAUUGGUAGGUACACAAGGGAACGGGCUGACUAGCGUCCAGGAAUUUAGGUUUUAUUUGCAUGAUGGUUCCAGUCUGUUAUCACAACACACAGCGAACUUUAAACUCCAAUCCUUUUUGGAGGGGAAAAAAACGGAAAGAAAAUGUCAAGUAAACAGAUUCCGGAAUGGAGUGAUGAGACAGCAAAUUCCACACUCCCUAGACGUGUUGGCACAAGAGGUUUUUAUCAGUGCUAGACUUUGUGGCUUCUUUGGUGCGUUUGUUGCCAUCCCUUAUUUAGGAGGCCACUUAAGUCAGAUUGCUAUUAGGGGUCAUUAUGUGUAGGCUUUUGGACGUUUUUAUUUUUUUGUGUUUGUGUAUUAGAAAGAGAAAUAAAGAGUAUGUGUGAGGUAGAAGGUAGGAGAAAUAGAAGAGAAAGGGCUAGAGUAUCACAGUACGUUGGUGAAAAUGGUAGAAAGGAAAAUCAUAUGGUUGGGUUACAACUGGAAUGGAGUUUCUUGCGGCCUUGGAAAGGCCUGCAUUGUGAAGAAAGGUAACGGCAAGUGUUGAUAGAAAGAGAACCAAAGGAAAGUAGUGAAAUGAGAGAAUAACAGGAAGUUCACGUUUGAAACCAAAGAGGAAUGAAAGCUUUGUAUUUUUUUUCUUUAUCAAGUUCAUUUAUUGUUUUUACUAUUAUAUUAUCAUUAUUUAUAUUAUUAUGCGAAUGUUAAGUGUUGAAAAAAUUUACUUACUGGACUGAGAGUGGUGCAUGUAGCAGCCUUAAAACCGUUUUGCCGGUCUGCUUGGGUAGUUCAGAGGUCAGCAGAAAUGCAGAGGUGUUGCUGUUGGCGCUAACCUCUUUGACAUCGAUGACCCUCUGUGCACACCUGACCUAACCAAAGCACAAAGAGUCAGUGCCUGUUGGGCGAGGGACUACUAGCCCCCAGUAGCCAUAAACUGACACUAGAGGCCAUAAGCCAAUGGCAUCAUGAGUGUACCUGAAGUCAUGCUCUUUCACCAGGUGGUCAGGAUUUGGCUGCUUAAGCUCCAGCCCAUUACCAAGGCAUAUCCUAGUCGGCCAUUUUCCACAAAUUGUAUAAUAUCCGGCUACGUUUCCUCCGUGAUGAAUGGCUGAAUUCGCUGGCCUUGCAUAUCUCAUUAGAAUAAAUGGAGGCAAGUCGUCCUGCCUGUCUCCAGAUGUUGAAAGUACCUCCAUGCCUGUAGCCACAAUGCUGGAUUCUUUUUAUGACUGAUUGUUUGGGAUGCCGAAAAUUGCAGCACCUGAAAUUCUUUCCGUUUCCUCUUUUUGAAAGAGUCUUGGUCACCACCAUUAUGCAAACCAUGAGAGGUGACGAUUAUACACUUACUGUGCACAUCCAUAAAGGCUAAAGUGUGUGACAGAGGUCCUGGGUAUUUGUUCAAAAAGAGACACCCAUUGUGUAUCAUUAUUGUAUUGCAUUUUUUAAUUUGUAUUGCAUUGUAUUGUCAACUGGAUUUACAGUGAUAAAAUUAUACUAUGUUAGUAUUUUUAAAAAUACUUUUCUGUUUUUGAUUCUCCAAAAUAUAGAAACUUAUAUUUUUUGCUUUAUGUUAUGGCAGAACCUGGUAUGUGUUUGUGAGAAUCUUGUUUCAGUCCAAACAGAGGCCCCAUAUCCACAUCCAUCCAUCACACGGAAGUGUAAGGCUCAUGAAAGAGCGGUCGUUAAGACCAUGCUGUUUGUCAGUGCACAAACACCACGUCCAAAGCAAAUUGAGACCAGGGUUCAGGGGGGGGCAGUAGAGCGCUCUGUUCUGCCCCUGUUUAUCAUUCAACCUACUGACCUAUUGACACAGAAUGGGGCCUCUUUAAAACAAAUAAUAUAAGACAAACCAAUACUGUUUUAAAACACUUAUGACCCAUGCUGGCCAGCCAAGUUUAGCUGAUUCUUGGCCCCUGUUAAACAUGAGUAAUACCACACACUGUCAUCAUGCCACGUCCAAGACUACCCCAAGAUUACAGCUCGCAUGAUAUACUGUAGGCCUAAUUCACUCAAAAAUCAUCAUCGGGUCACAAAAGUGAGUGAAGAGAUUCAUCGACCAUGCUUUCUGCCAAACUGGGAAUAACUGGUGCAUACUCAGUAGUUAGCAGUGGGGCUAAUCAUAGGAAAACUUGACUGGAUAUUGUUAUGGUAAUAAUAAUAAUGGUAUUAUGUUAUUUAAGUAUUAUUUUUUUGUUUUAGUUCAUUAUUAUUUUGGCUAAAGCCACAUUAUCUUUAAUUUUCUUUUCUUUUCUUUUGAUUUUUUGUUUUGAAAACCUGGACUGCCAAGGUGAUUUGUGUUCAGUGCCUUUGCUAUCUUUUUAUGGUCAAGAUCAUUCAUUUUUUUGAUAAAAGAAAAAAAAAUACCAGUGUGUUUUUAUACGCCUAUUUAUUGGUGGGGAAGCCAUGUUGUUUGACUUAAUGCUACUUAAUCCAUGUCAAAGCCAAGCCUGUACUCAGACAUUUGUAUUUUUACAUCCAUUGUUGUGACAGUAGAGAGCAUGUUUUUACGGUGCGCUUAGGGACUUGAUGGUGGUAGUUUGUAGGUUGAGAGGGUGAUGAUGGAAAAACAUGUCCUCCUUCAAUGUUCAUUCAGACAGAACCACUGUAACACCAACUUCAAUAAAAAUGGAACAUUUCAUGGAA